AUGGCCGGAAGAAACGCUGGGAGGAAUGAUGAGGCUCUUGCUGCAGCUAUGCAGGCAAUGGCUCAGGCAUUCCAGAACCCACCCAAUGCUGACGAGAACGUGGGGUCUCGUAGUCUGGCGACGUUUCAGAGGGAGAACCCGCCUACUUUUCUGGGUAGGUAUGAUCCUGAAGGAGCCUUGGCUUGGUUGAAGGAGAUUGAAAGAAUCUUCAGAGUGAUGGAUUGCACUCUUGUGCAAAAGAUCCGUUAUGGAACUCAUAAGCUGUCAGGUGAAGCCGAUGAUUGGUGGGUGGACACUCGUCUAAGGUUGGAAACUGCGGGCGAGGAGAUUACUUGGGAAGUGUUUCGUAGAGAAUUUCUGAGGAAGUAUUAUCCAAAAGAUGUGCGAGGAAAGAAAGAGAUUGAAUUCCUCGAGUUGAAGCAAGGGAACUUGUCAGUCACGGAGUAUGCUGCUAAGUUCACUGAAUUGGCUAAGUUCUAUCCUCACUAUAAUGGAGCCAAUGCCGAAUUCUCUAAGUGCAUCAAGUUUGAAAAUGGAUUGCGUCCAGAAAUUAAGAAAGCUGUGGGAUAUCAAAAUAUUCGCGUCUUUGCGGAUCUGAUUGAUAGUUGUAGAAUCUUUGAAGAGGACAACAAUGCACACUAUAAGAUCUUGUCUGAGAAGAGAGGAAGGGGCCAACAUAGCCGUGGUAAGCCAUAUGAAACUCCGGUUGGAAAAGGGAAACAGAAAGUGAUUCCGGGUCGAAGAACAAGUGGGGGAGAUGCUCCUGCUAAUGUUAUCUGUUUCAAGUGUGGAAAGCCGGGUCACAAGAGUAAUGUGUGUAGGCUUGGUGAAACGAGAUGUUUCCGUUGUGGUAUGCCGGGACAUGCGGCUCGUGAUUAUAAGAAGAAGGAUGUUGUUUGCUUUAACUGUGGGGAAGGAGGACAUAUCAGUGCUAAAUGUCAGAAGCCAAAGAGAGGACAAGAGAGUGGUAAAGUGUUUGCUUUGUCGGGAACUCAGACUACAAAUGAAGAUGGACUUGUUCGAGGUACUUGUUUCAUUAAUAGCAUUCCUUUAAUUACUAUUAUUGAUACCGGUGCCACACACUGUUUUGUUGCUGCGGAUUGUGUUGAAAGAUUGGGUCUUUCUUUGUCUUCCUUGGGUAGAGAUAUGAUUGUUGAGGUUCCCGCUAAGGGAACGGUAUCUACGUCUCUUGUGUGUAAGAGUUGCCCCUUGCCAAUAUUUGGUAAAGAUUUUGUAGUUGAUCUUGUUUGUUUUCCGCUUGUCGGGUUGGAUGUAGUAUUGGGUAUGGACUGGUUGAAAUCCAACUAUGUUCAUAUUAAUUGCUACAACAACACUGUGAGGUUUUCUUCUGCCGAAGAAGAGGGAAGAACAUAA